CCAAAAAAAGUGAGUUUAAUAGUGUUACAUGCCAAAAAUAAACACAACUUCAAAAUACAAGUCAUCAAACACUUCAGUUUCGUUUUUGUUUUUUAUCAUCUCCGACCUGGCCCCAAGCUGGAUCUGUCUUCCCUCUUUGUGCAUUCUUGUCAUUUUGAGUAGCCUCCAUUGAAAUCAAAAUUCAAAACUGAUCCUGAAAUAAAUCUUUACGACAAGAGAAAUGACAACUUUCACCUUCUUGAUGGAUCGAUGAAGUUUCAAUCGCAAGAAAAGAUUUGAUUUUUGGGUUAUUUAGUUAAAAUGAGGCUACAGGGACUAGCAUUUUAUGGUCUGACCGUGGUGGUGCUAAACCUCAUGAUCACGCCUCAUCCAUUGAGUCUAGCGGCGCGCAGCACCAGUGAGAACCAACUAAUAGGCGUGAACUGGGGGAUGCAGACCUCCCACCGCCUACCUCCGAGGAAUGUGGUGAAGAUGUUGAAAGACAACGGGAUUCAAAAGGUGAAGCUUUUCGAGGCGGAUCCUAACGCUCUGAGAGCCUUGAGAAACAGUGGCAUUGAAGUCAUGGUUGGCAUUCCCAAUAAUAUGCUCUCAGAUAUGGGUAGCUUUGAAGUAGCUGAGGAAUGGGUUUAUGAAAAUGUCACCACAUAUAUCAAGGACAAUGUUGACAUCAGAUAUGUUGCAGUUGGUAAUGAAGCCUUCUUGAAAACUUACAACGGAACUUAUCUUAACACGACUUUUCCCGCUCUCCAAAACGUUCAUUCCGCGCUAGUAAAAGCCGGGCUUGGAAAUCAAGUCACCGCCACCGUCCCCUUGAAUGCAGAUGUUCACGACAGCCCUACCGGCUUACCAUCUGAUGGUGAUUUUAAGCCAGAGAUUCGCGACUACGUUCUUCCGAUCGUCAAGUACUUGAGCUAUUACAGAUGCCCUUUUACUGUCAACAUCUACCCGUUCCUGAGCGUUUACAAGGACCCAGAUUUCCCUUCAGAGUACGCAUUCUUUGACGGGGACUCGAAGCCUGUAGAUGAUAACGGGACAUCCUACGAAAACAUGUUUGACGCAAAUUACGAUACCCUUGUGUGGGCCCUACACAGGAAUGGGUUUGACAACAUGCCUAUCAUAGUCGGAGAAAUUGGUUGGCCAACUGACGGGGACAAGAAUGCCACAAUUGAAGAUGCCAUGAAGUUCAACCAAGGGUUCGUUGAUCAUAUACUGAGCGGGAAGGGCACCCCAAUGAGGCCUGGGGUGCCCAUCAACGCAUACCUUUUCAGUUUGAUUGACGAGGACUCAAAGACCAUUGCCCCUGGGAAUUUCGAACGACAUUGGGGGAUUUUCUCUUACGACGGAAAGCCGAAAUAUCCACUCAAUCUCGGCACCACCACGGGACCCUCUCUUGUUCCCGUGGAAGACGUGAAAUAUCAAGACAACAAGUGGUGUAUAUUCAAACCAAAAGCCAAGCUCACCGACCGUCGAAUCGACAAGAGCAUGAGCUACGCGUGUAGUCUCGGAGAUUGCACGGCGCUAGGAUACCAAACAUCUUGUGGAACAUUAGACGCACGUGGAAAUAUCUCGUACGCGUUCAACAAUUACUACCAAAUGCAUGACCAGUUGGAUGAGGCCUGCACCAGCCAUUUUUCAGGCCUUGGUGCAGUGACAAGGUCCAACCCUUCUGCAGUGUACAACAACUGCGUGUUUCAAGUCAUGAUCGAGCCCUACUACGGAGCGUCCUCCGACUUGAUUCCAAUGACAUGUGGUUUAGUAGUAUUUUUGGGGCUGAUUCUCUCUGCAUUAUUGACAAUUUUGUGAGACUUUAUAUACUUCAUUACUUAUACAAUUCCUUUCCGAUGAUUAGAUGAGUUGAGGAAUUUUAAGUGUAAUAAUUAUAAUAAUAAUAAUGCAUAUACAUGUAU